CCUUAUUCAUAGAUAUGCCAUUAGAGAGACUUGCCAUCCCAAAUAUAGCUGCCUAUAAUGAUUUUCUCUAUGUUCAUUUUAUCCAUUACCUUGUCCCUCCAGCCCCAUCAAGCAGGGGCUGCCGUCACCUCCUCCGCGGCCGUGGGCAGACGACCAAAGGAGGACGACGGCCCGCCAUGGACAUCCCAUUGAUUCCUGAUGGGAGUGCGUGCUUUUUGAACAAUGUAACCGCCACCAAUGGUAUCUGGGUUAGCGAAAACCCUCUCGGAGAAUCCAUGCCUCGAUUCAUUCUGCAGCUCGCUGUCAUCAUCGUCAUUACUCGUACUAUCAAUCUUCUCCUUAUACCCUUACAUCAACCACGUUUCAUUGCCGACCUUCUUGGUGGUUUGUUGAUCGGACCUAGUGCAUUGGGGAAGACCAAGUACUUCCUUCCCCAAAUAUUUCCGGUGAAGACUAUUACAACGAUUGAAACGAUGGCGUACCUGUCUCUGGUUUACUACUCAUUUGUGGUUGGAUUGAGAACGGACUUAAGCGCAGCGUUACGCACCGGGAAAAAGUCGUUGUUGGUUGUCGCCGGCGGAGUUAUCUUUCCCAUUUCUGUCGGGAUUGGCUUGUUCUUCAUGUUGAAUAAUCACCAUCUUGAUGAUCGACAUUCUCAUGGUGGCCUAUUUUGGGCUCUCGCACUCUCUGUUACAGGCUUCCCUGUUGUUACUGAAAUUCUAAGCGAUCUCAAGCUCCUUCAUACGGACAUAGGAAGAAUGGCCUUGUCAACUUCUAUUGUGAAUGAUUUAUGCUGUUGGGUUCUUCUUAUUAUUUUAGUACCAGUUCGUGUACGGCAUCAAGACUUAAAACAGGUCAUUGUCUCGACCACGGCAUUGUUAUUAGGAUGCAUGUAUGGUGUUCGACCAUUGUUGUCAACCAUAAUUCGCAGAACUUUUAAAGGAGACAAGUACAGUAAGCCCUAUAUGUGUUCAUUUCUCAUUGCACUGGCAUUAUGUGCCUUGUGUAGUGAAGCUUGUGGCGUUACCUCAAUUGUCGGUGCUUUCAUUUUUGGGCUGAUUAUACCAAAUGGGACGCUCGCGGCUGAGCUUACGAAUAAAUUUGAGGAUUUUGCAUCAGGGACUAUGCUGCCGUUGUUCUUUGCAAUUUGCGGUAUAAGGAUCAACAUUAAUAGCAUUGAAAAUUGGGGUAUUGCUGCUGCGGUCAUAGUCAUAUCUUGUGCUGUGAAGAUUCUUAGCACUAUGGCCAUUUUUUUCUUCCACAAUAUGGCUCCCAGAGAAGGUUUUGCUCUUGGAGUCAUAAUGAAUACUAAAGGCGUCUUGGCCAUAGUGGUCCUUAAUAUGGGGUGGGACAAUGAGAUUUUGAAGGACCAAGACUAUGCGAUUAUGGCGGUUGCUGUUUUCGUAAUGACGGCAAUGGUCCCACCCAUCAUGAGCCACAUGUAUAAGCCGGCCAAACGUCUAAUGGACUACCAACGCAGAAGCGUAAUAGAGGCUAAAUCAGAGGCUGAUCUCCGAAUUCUUACUUGUGUAUAUGACUCACAGCAGUUGCCAGGAUUGCUCAGCCUCCUUGACGCCUCUAGGGCCUCCAAUCAAUCCUCACUCCACAUCUUCGUGCUCCAGCUUGUUGAGUUUAAGGGGCGUGCCUCUGCCAUGCUUAUUGUCCAUAAUACUCGCAAGUCGGGUGGUAGCGUGCACAGGCACGUGAACUCAGAUACAGACCAGAUCGUCAGUGCCUUUGAAUCCUUUGAGUUGAAAAAUGGCAAUGUCUCUGUGCAGCCCUUCACUGCAAUGUCCCCAUUCUCAACAAUGCACGAGGAUGUCUGCGGUGUAGCAGAGAACAAGAACAUUGCUUUCAUGAUCCUCCCUUUCCACAAGCAAGUCACAGCCGAUGGCAACUUCGAGGAGACAAACCCUUCCUUCAGAGGUGUAGUCCUGAACGUGCUGGCCAACACCCCUUGCUCAGUCGGAAUGUUCGUGGACCGUGGAUUCAAAGGUAUUCCAGGCACGGGAAUGGUGUCCAAUCUAGAUCCACACAAUGUUUGUAUGAUAUUCAUUGGCGGCCCUGAUGACCGUGAAGCGUUGUCGUAUGCAGGGCUAAUUGGUGGGUACCACAGAAGCAAUCUAACAGUAGUGAGGUUUCUGCCCAAUGAUAAUUUAGACAAAUUUGAGGUGCCCGUAGAGCUCCCUGAUGGUAGUACCUCCAGGUUGUUAACGGCAUCCUCAUUCGUUGAGAGGCAGAAGACCUUGGAUGACGAAUAUAUCACUGAGUUCAGGGUCAAGUCUGCAGAUAACCAACACUUGAAUUAUGUAGAAAAGAGGGUGGAUGAUGCAGAAGGUGUCAUUGCAGAACUAAAAGCCCUGGGUGAUGAAUAUGAUCUUUAUGUUGUUGGGAAAGGAGAAGGGGUGGUGUCACCGCUUACAGCAGCAUUGCUGGUUUGGUGUGAGCUGCCAGAGCUUGGGGCUGUAGGGGACGUAUUGGUUUCUUCAGCUUUUUGUCGUAGUUCAGUUAUUGUGGUUCAACGAUAUGCAGGUUCUGGAGACGUGGGUGGCACACUGGCAUCAUCACCGUAGGGGUCAACCCAUGGCAGCAGACAUUUUAGAACAUUGUAGUCACCCGUGACCACGACCACUGUGUCGUGGACUCUGAUGGGUUUGAGCCGCACAAGAGGGGUGAUGAUACUGUGUAUUAAGUAGUUUACAGUUUACUUGCAAGCAAGUAAUCAUAGAAGCAAUGUUUUUGAGGGUACUUCACAUAUAUUAUAUACACAGUUUAAGUGUUGGACUAUGUUCUUACUUGCUACAACAUACACAGAUCAUUGACAACAAGAAGCUAGUUCUAAGGCUGAUUAUGUUCGCAUGAACGCAUGAUUUGUAAUUCUGAAGAACUACUGAGACUGCUUCACUUGGGCUAACCUUACUGAACAGGUCCAGCCACAGAUGGUUUCUCUUGACCCUGAUCAGGGACCUAUGCCCAAACCCCAAACGCAUGGGUCUAUAACUUUACAGGAGCCCACUAA